AUGCCACAACAGCAACAACAACAGCAGCAGGUCCCUCCGGCGUGGGGCAAUGGUCCGGCCCCUGUGCCGCCGCCGCAGCAGCAGCAGCAGCCGGUGAUGCAGCAGCCUGUUCCCCUGCAGGCCACAUUCGACUUCACCAAAGGCAGUUUCCCGCUGCCAGAGGCGCCCGUAGCGGUGCAGCCAAAAGUGGAGAAGAAAAAGGAUCCCUUUGAGGAUCUAUUCCAGUAG